CACAGCACUGGGAGGCAGCUUUUCCAUGAGCUGUCCUACCUUGCAGGUGAGAAGACCAGCUGCCCCCCACCUUACCCAGGAGCUAGCUCACCCACUGCACAUGCUGCUUAUAGGGGGCACAUGUCCUGCUCCCAGACUACACCUCUAAACCUCAUACUCCUCGGAUUGGAAGCUCCACUCCUCACUAUUGACAGAGAGCAGAAUAGACAGACUGUAGACAUUCAUCAAGAGUAGGACAGUUCUGAGAAUCAGGCCUCUCACCUCGCCUUCCAUGGAAGACCAGGAGCUGGUAAUAAUCUUUUCAUUUCAGAGUAUACUAAAUCAAGAUUAAUGGUGCCAGAUUAACCUCUUUUUCAGACAGGGUCUCACUGUAGUCUAGGCUGCCCUUGAACUAGUGAUCCUCCUGUCCCUAUAUACACACCCAUUUGUGGGAUUACCAAAGUAUACCACCACAUUCACUUAUCAAAUAAAAUUUAUUUUGCUCCCUGGGUUGAAUGUUUAGAUUCUGUUUACAUGGGACUCUUGAUACCGGCAGCAGUGUGUCCCAAAGUCAUGGAGAAGCCCCUACAGAGGCCAUACCAGUCUUGUGCUGCAGGGCAUGGGACCUUGCACAGCUUAUACAGUGUCUAUAACCCUCAGUUCUAGUGAGCUAGACCUUCCAGAAUCAUCCUGAGGAUCAAAGGAAACCUCUGACUCCCUCGGGGAAAUGCAGACCAGUUCCUGGUUCCUGGACCAGUUCCUCUGGACCUGGACACUUCUAAUACACACUGAAGCCUUGCAGCCUGAUAAUGUGCUUUCCCUGUCUCUCUUCCCUUUUAGCCAGCAGCUGCAGCGCAGUCCUUGACAGACUAAGAAAUGAGAAAAAUAUCAAACCAUGGGACUCUGCGGGUGACGAAGGUGGCAUAUCCACUGGGACUGUGUGUGGGCCUGUUCAUCUAUGUCGCCUACAUCAGGUGGCACAGGGCCUCUGCUGCCCAAGCCUUUUUCACCAUUGCGGCGGCAGCCUCAGGGGCACGGUGGGGCCAGCAGGCCCACAGCUCCUCCAUUUCAGCUGCACAGAAUCACGAGGUCUUCUACGGGAUCAUGUUUGAUGCUGGAAGCACUGGCACCCGCAUACAUGUCUUCCAGUUUGCCCGGCCACCUGGAGAAACUCCCACCUUGACCCAUGAAACCUUCAAAGCACUGAAGCCCGGUCUUUCUGCUUAUGCUGAUGACGUUGAAAAGAGCACACAGGGGAUCCAGGAGCUGCUGGAUGUUGCUAAGCAAGACAUCCCAUUUGACUACUGGAAGGCCACCCCUUUGGUCCUCAAGGCCACAGCUGGUUUGCGCCUGUUACCAGGAGAAAAGGCUCAGAAGUUACUACAAAAGGUGAAAGAGGUGUUUAAAGCAUCACCUUUCCUGGUAGGAGAUGACUGUGUCUCCAUCAUGAACGGAACAGACGAAGGUGUCUCGGCCUGGAUCACCGUCAAUUUCCUAACAGGCAGUUUGAAAACUCCAGGAAGGAGCAGUGUGGGCAUGCUGGAUUUGGGCGGAGGAUCCACUCAGAUCACCUUCCUUCCACGGGUCGAGAGCACCCUUCAGACCUCCCCAUCAGGCCACCUGACAGCGCUGCAGAUGUUUAACAGGACCUACAAGCUCUAUUCCUACAGCUACCUGGGGCUAGGACUGAUGUCAGCGCGGCUGGCGAUCUUGGGCGGCGUGGAGGGGAAGCCUGCAAAAGAGGGGAAAGAGUUGGUCAGCCCUUGUUUGCCUCCUGGGUUCAAAGGAGAGUGGGAGCAUGCUGAAGUCACAUACAGAAUUUCAGGACAGCAGGCAGCAAGCCUCCACGAGCUAUGUGCCCGCAGAGUGUCAGAGAUCCUUCAAAAUAAAGUGCACAGGACCCAAGAGGUGGAGCGUGUGGACUUCUAUGCUUUCUCUUACUAUUAUGACCUUGCCGCCAGUGUGGGCCUCAUAGAUGCAGAGAAGGGAGGCAGCCUUGUAGUUGGAGACUUUGACAUAGCAGCCAAAUAUGUGUGUCGGACCCUGGAGACCCAGCCACAGAGCAGCCCCUUUGCAUGCAUGGACCUCACCUAUAUAAGCUCACUGCUACAGGAGCUAGGUUUCCCCAGGGACAAAGUACUGAAGCUGACUCGGAAAAUUGACAAUGUGGAGACCAGCUGGGCUCUGGGGGCCAUUUUUCACUACAUCGACUCCCUAAACAGACAGAAGAGUCUAUCCUCCUAGCAGCCGAGCCCCAAUUUCUCCCCAGCCAGCGUUCCUGGGCUCACAUCUCCGUGGACCCCUCCAUCCUGGACGUGAUUCCAUCCUAGAGGAGAUACGAUGCUGGCUGACUCUCCUUUCUCAGCCUGCGGCAGCACCUCUUACAGAUUUACCUGAGACCUGGUGGGACCCCUAACCCUUGCUGCCUGGCCCAUGCACUGUAGCCCUGCUGUGCCUCAUCUGGCCCAAAGGCAGGGGCUGGGAGGCCCCAGGUAUUCUCUCUGCCUUGCCUCCAAGUAGGCAAUGAGCCAGACAGGGCCAAGGGCGCACCUUGAGGUGGGCCUGCAGCCCCUGUCCCCAUCCUCUCUGUCUGCAGGGUUGUGGCUGCUUUUUCGUGCAUCCUUGUGAUGUGGAUCUUGUCUCCCUGCCCCUGCUGUUCCCUCCCCAGGACCAGACCUCCACCUCCCCCUUGCUGGCCUGGCUGCUCUGGGGGAGCCAUGAAGGAAAAGUGCAAUCUCCAGGACAACAGACUUGAGCAUAUUCAUCUUAGUGUGGACAGUAAAGUCAUACAGAGGUCUGCUCCCCACUAACCCAUAGGUAGUGUGGGGAGCGCUAGUAGGAAGAGAACAGAGAAGCCUCCUCUUCCAGAGCUCUCUGGGAAGGUGUUUCUGACUGCAGAGUCUCCAGGUGUGAACAGGGCUGAGUGUAAUCAGUGUAAGAACACUCAUGGCCUUGCUGCCUGCCCUGGGGGUGUCAAGCACUUCUGUAUAAAACUAUGUCUGAGCCCCUUUUCUGGACACAGUUCUGUGUCCCAGUGAAUGUAUUGCUACUGUGAGCCAUUUGCAGACUAGCAGGGCAGGUCAAAGACGUAAUCCCAGAACCACACUUUUUUUGUGGCUCUUGUGCUGUCUCGGGCCACAGCCCAUCCUCCUCAUCUGGCCCAGGGGCAGGGGCUGGAAGGCCCCAAGCACCCCCCUGGGCUGGAGCUGUGUGUGAAGCUCAGAAGUGGCUUAGGACCUGGUGCCUGAGUCCCUCAUCGUCCUUCAGUGAAUGUACAAUACAUGGAAUAAGCUGAACCUAUUGUGUUCCAAUCCAAAUAAUAAAGGUUUACAAGGGUUUCA